AUGGGAGAACAGAAGUUGGAACCUGAAGCACAGCGGGCGAUGGGUAUGUGGAAGGCAAAGGUCAACCAAAAGCUUAAGAACGUGUCAGAGUCAGAACGGGACAGCGUGACAGUGGAGGAAUUUCCGAGCACGACUGUACCCAGCGAGAAGGCGUCCAUCAGUCUAUUCAAGCAGCAAAUCAAGAGUGACGGCACUUUCGACUUCGAGGCGGGCUCCAGUAAGACCAGCACGGAGGUGCGUCAAGACGACGCUCCCAAGACAGCAUCGACUACCUCAGAAGCCAAGACAAGCCCCGCGCCGGUCUCUGCUGGCCCAAUCCGACAGGAUUGGUUCCAGACAACCAAUACUGUCACGAUCAACCUUUUCGCCAAGGGUGUUGACAAGCAAAAAGUUCAGAGCGAGAUCAACCACGAUUCGGUCUACAUAUCAUUCCCAAAUCCCAACGACACCUCAUCCGAGUACACCUUCUCAAUGGAUCCCUCAUACGGCGCCAUCGUCACAUCUUCAUCGAAGAUCAACGUCCUGAAGACCAAGGUCGAGAUCGUUCUUCAGAAAGCAGAGCCAAAUCAAAAAUGGAAGGCACUUGAAGGAACAGAAAAGCCCGUCAUCAAUGGUCAGUCCUCAGAAGCCUCAGCCACCACCACACAACCCUUCCAACCCAAAGACACUCCUCCAGCCUAUCCCACCUCAUCGCGCAAGGGCGUCAAGAACUGGGACAAGCUAGCACAUGAGAUGAGCGCGAAGGACAGAAAGGAGGCAAAAGCGGCGAAGAAAGCACAGUCACAGAGAGACGCCAAGGAGGGCGAGGUCUCAGACGAAGAAGACGACGAUGCUGGUGGGCUGAGCGACCCAGAAGGCGGUGACGAUGUGGACGACUUCUUCAAGAAGCUGUAUAAGAGCAGUGACCCGGAUACACAGCGCGCCAUGACGAAGUCAUAUCUGGAGAGCGGAGGCACAACCCUUAGCACGGAUUGGAGCGACAUUGGCAAGCGGAAGGUUGAGCCGUACAAGUCUGAUAAAGACUAA